GCCCAAGACCUUCCAUACGCACUUUGUCCAAGCCCAAACGUUUGUACUCGUUUAGAGGAAGAAUUAUAGUGAAGAAACCUAGCAUUUUUGCAAAGAUUUCGGGCGUGCAAGCGUUUGUUAUUCGCAUAUCAUUACGUAUUAUCAUUAUGUUGUUGUUAAGUCGCAUUAUAAGGCUUGUACUAAUACCAACUCUACUUCUCCUUUUCCUCUCCUAUUCCGCCUCCACUUUCUCCUCCUCCUCCUCCCCCUCCCUUUCCUUUUCCACCUCCAUUUUCUCCUUCCUCCUCCUCCUGAUCUUAAGAUUUCUAUUGUAUUUUUCGUCAUUGUCAACUCGAUGCAGUAAUGAUUAUGACUAUGAUGAUUACAAUGAUAAUGGUGAUGAUGGAAUCUCUUUUUAUAUAAGGCAUGUACGUGUGUAUAUUAUAAAUAUCAGUGUGUGAAUAAUAAUUAUAAUUGGUAACAAUGAAUACUAUGUGUGUUGAUAUAUAUUAAAGGCCAUAAAUCACUUCUGGGUUCACAGACUUUCCAAAGCUUAAUGAUAAUUAUUUCUGGAAUUAUGAAAAGCGCUUACCUUUCUUCUUUCCUUUCACAUUUUCACUUUACCAUUCCUCGAUUUUCCUUCCCUUCCUUCUCAUAUUUCUUUACCUUCCAGUUUAUUUCCUAUCCUUUCCUUUCCUUCAUAUUCUUCCCCCUCCCUGCUUUUCCAUUUCCUCCCAUCCCUCCCCUCUUCCUGUGCAGGGUGCCUCGUGCGGGUAAUUUCCUUUCCUCCUCAUUCUUUCCCUUCCCUUCUGGUUGUCUUUUUUCCUCCCCUUCCUCAUUCUCUCAUAACAUACUUCCUUUCCCAUCCCAUCUUUUGGUUGUCCAUUUUUCCUUCCCUCCUUCCUCAUUCUCUCUUGAUAUAUUUCCCUUCCCUUUUAUUGGCUUUUUUCUGCUCCCUCAGUCUCUCUUUACAUACUUCCCAUCCUUUCCCUUCCCUUCCCUUCUAUUUGUCCUUCUCCCCUUCCUCAUUCUCUCUUUAAAUACUUCCCAUCCUUUCCCUUCCCUUCCCUUCCCUUCUAUUUGUCCUUCUCCCCUUCCUCAUUAUCUCUUUACACACUUCCCAUCCUUUCCCUUCCCUUCCCUUCUAUUUGUCCUUCUCUCUUUCCUCAUAUUCUCUUUGCAUACUUCCCAUCCUUUCCCUUCCCUUCCCUUCCCUUCCCUUCUAUUUGUCCUUCUCCCCUUCCUCAGUCUCUCUUUACAUACUUCCCAUCCUUUCCCUUCCCUUCCCUUCCCAUCUAUUUGUCCUUCUCCUCUUCCUCAGUCUUUCUUUAUAUACUUCCCAUCCAUUUCAUUCCCUUCCCUUCUUUUGUCUGGUUUUGUUUUCUUUCUCCCCUUCCUCAUUCUCUCUCUAUAUGCCUCCCUUUUUUUUUCUUUUUUUUUUUUUUUUUUUUUUUGGUAUUUCGUUGGGGAUAUACCCCAACCUAUAUAUCAAGAUCUACAGUACCAGGUCUCCUCAUUUCCGACGUAUUUUCGCAGAUGCUGGCGCACUCACGUCACCAGGCUGUUCGAGGGUUUGGGUGACUGCACAGACACCCUUGGCAACAAUACCGGGAAAGGUGGCACAAGACAAGAAUUCUGUGAUGCCGCUCUUCCUUUAAGAGGGAAACUUCAGUAGCAGGGAGGCCUAUGUUACAGGUUGACAAGUGGAACGCAAUCCUCCGUGUAGGACACCACUACUGCGGAGAGAAUCGUGCCACGGACCAGCUCCUCCAUCACGGAAGUUGCGGUGUCACUCCACGUGUCACCUGAACCAGAGCAGGAGAGGUUACCAUAGCCCUUCAUUUAUUGUAUUAACUUGACUGCGCUACUUACAUUGUGUGUUUGAUAAUAGUGUUGUUUGAUUAUCAUAUGUAGAUGUAUGUAUUUUGUGAUCCAAUUAUUUUACUAUACUGUGUGAUACAUACUAUAGGUGCUAUGAACUCAUUAUUUCAAUUUGUUUGUUGGUUUCACUAAUUAUUUGUCAACUUAAUUACACUCUAAUCAUUAGAAGUGUAGGGUAGGUGGUGGCUGAGUGGUAGCGUGCUGGGCCCACAUUCACCCCGUGAUGGACGACGCGUGUUCGAAUCCCCACGCUACCACCUCGGAUUUUUCAGUCACCGCCGAGUGGCUUAAAACUACCCACAUGCUGUUCUGAAGACCACCCAUCAACUUGGACUAUAGAGGAAACCGUCCUAGUGAAUCAAGAAGGAGUUCUGGGGGGCAGCAUGAGCCAAGAGAAGAUGGCGCCACUAUAAACACUUGCCUGCGCCAUGACAGGCUGGGGCCGAAUACUAUCCAGGCCCCUCAAGCAAGCCUACUGGCACUAUAGGCAUAGGCUCUUUGAUGCCCGACUGUUCUCAAGUGUUUGCAGGAUCUUUUCAAAUGCCCACCCUGCCAUAUACUUAAACCUUUCAUUGCAAAAUGCUUGCAGCGGGCGUUAGGUGUAUUUGCUGGUGGCACUAAACGCUCGCUGCGACCUCCAGCCGCACUCAAAUCUGCUGUGAUGAAUAGUUUUUGAGAUACAGUGGUCAAAAGAGCGAGCACUAGCGUCACUUGCUGGUGGUGCUAAAAGCUCGCUGCGAACGCCAGUCGCACUCACAGCAAAAAAAAAAAAAAAAAAAAAAAAAAAAAAAAAGAA